AUGUCCUCCUCUAAGUUUACCAUCCGUGUCGCAGAGACGCCCGAAGAUAUAGCCACCACCCGAGUCCUAUUUCUAGCAUACCACGCGUGGCUGGACAUCGACCUCACUUUCCAGGACUUUGAGAGCGAAGUCUCUUCCCUCCCGGGCAAAUAUGCGCCAGUGAAUGGGGGACGAAUACUGCUAGCUUAUAUGGGAGACGAGGACUGGCCAGUUGGAUGCAUCGCGCUGCGCGAUAUAAGCGACACUUUCGCUCGAUGGCACGUGCACACAGAACCCCCCGACCCGGCCCGCAAAAUCGGAGAAGUCAAACGCCUUUAUACCCUCCCCUCGGCGCGGGGGUGUGGUAUCGGGUCUGCGAUGAUUAAUGCUGUUUUGGAGGCAGCUCGCCAGGAAGGCUACGCUGAGCUUCGCCUCGACACGUUACCCCGCAUGCAAGGCGCAAUCAAGCUAUACUCUAGAGCAGGCUUCGUGGUCACCGAGAAAUACUAUGAUACAGAUUUGGAAGGGACAAUCUUCAUGAAGUACGUUGUUUGA